GGUCAGGAGAUCUCGCGAGACAGAAUGAGCUAGGGAAGCCGGCGGGAGCGGGGCUCUCUCGCGAUAGGAGCAGCAGGCGUUCCCCGGCGGGAGGGACAGCGUGGGGAGGACUCUCGCGAGACCCGAGGUACCGCAGCCGCGGCGGCGGCCGGAGAGGGCGAAAGGACCGGAAGUCCUUCCUCUCGAGCGCCCAGGGCUGGAGGCCGCUGGACUCCUUCCCGGAAGCCCUUCCCCGGCCGCGAGGACGCCGGCGCACCUGCCCGGAAGUCCCGCCUCCGGAGCGCCCCCGCCCCGCCCGAAGUUUUCCUGUCACCUGUGCCUGCCGCCGUCCCCGUUCCCGGUCUUGUCCCUGUACCCGCGAGCGGCGCAUUGAGUGCCUCCCGCCCCGCCGCGCUGACCGGGCUGGGCACCGCACGCCCGCACUCGGGGCCCUUCCCCCGCGCCCCCAUGUAGCUGGGAAGCGGGGCCUGGGGGUGGUCGGACCCCCGGGAUCCUGAGGGAGGGGUGGAGGGCGCAGAGCCCCGCUUCUGCUCUUGCUACGGGGCGCGGCCUGCCCGGCCUCUCGCGCCGCUGCCAUGCGCCCUGCGGCCUUCCCCGCUUCCUGUGGUGGUGGCCGCCGUGCUGUGGGGGGCGGCCCCGGCGCGGGGGCUCAUCCGAGCGACCUCGGACCACAACGCCAGCAUGGACUUCGCGGACCUUCCCGCUCUCUUCGGGGCCAGCCUGAGUCAGGAGGGCCUGCAGGGCUUCCUUGUGGAGGCUCAGCCGGCCAAUGCCUGCAGCCUCAUUGCCCCUCCGCCCCCAGCCCCGGUCAACGGGUCAGUCUUUAUCGCACUGCUUCGAAGAUUCGACUGCAACUUUGACCUCAAGGUCCUGAAUGCUCAGAAGGCGGGGUAUGGCGCAGCAGUGGUGCAUAACGUGGGCUCCAACGAGCUUCUGAACAUGGUGUGGAACAGCGAGGAAAUCCAGCAGCAGAUCUGGAUCCCGUCUGUGUUUAUUGGGGAGAGGAGCUCCGAGUACCUGCGUGCCCUCUUUGUCUACGAGAAGGGGGCUCGGGUGCUUCUGGUCCCAGACAACAGCUUCCCUCUGGGCUAUUACCUCAUCCCCUUCACAGGCAUCGUGGGCCUGCUGGUUCUGGCCAUGGGAGCGGUAAUGGUAGUCCGUUGUAUCCAGCACCGGAAGCGCCUCCAGCGGAAUCGACUGACAAAAGAGCAGCUCAGGCAGAUCCCUACCCAUGACUAUCGGAAGGGAGACCAGUAUGAUGUGUGUGCCAUCUGCCUGGAUGAGUAUGAGGACGGGGACAAGCUGAGAGUGCUCCCCUGUGCUCACGCCUACCACAGCCGCUGCGUGGACCCCUGGCUCACCCAGACCCGGAAGACCUGUCCCAUCUGCAAGCAGCCUGUGCACCGCGGUCCGGGGGACGAAGACGAGGACGAGACUCAGGGGCAAGAGGGUGAUGAGGAAGGGGAGCUGAGGGACCACCCUGCCUCAGAGCGGACCCCACUUCUGGGCCCCAGCCCCACGCCACCUGCCUCCUUUGGCUCCCUAGCUCCAGCCUCUCCUGUUCUGCCAGGAUCUUUGACAGAUCCCCCACCCGCACCCCCUUCCUCUUCAGCUGCCAUCCUGGUCUAAUAGUCCCCUGACACCCCCCCACACACCCCUCCCAUGACCUAUUUGCACAGCCCCUCAUCCUCGCUCAUUUUUCUGUGUUGAGGGAUGGGGGGCAUUUCCACCCCAGGUUUCUCCCUCCCUCAACCCCAUCCUUUUGAGGGGGUUGGGUCUGGAGAGGGACUGGGUCUUCACUUACUGAGUCAAUAAAGUUUUGGGUCAAUAAAGUUUUUGUGAACUAA